GGAGGAUCUCAUCGCAUCACGAUAUGAGCGCAAACAAGGAAUAUUGACAAGAAGAUUGCAAUCUGCAGAGCAGACCUUUAAUUCAUUAUCGCCAUGUGGUACACAGCAUUCAGCAAAUGACGCCAGAAACAUUUGAUAUUAUUGCGACGAUGGGACCUAGCUAUAUUUUUCUGGUGGUUCUGACUGUGGGAUCUCUCGCUAAAGUCGAUGGCAUAAGGUGUUUUCGGUGUGUAUCUCUGACAAAACCCAACUGCACUGCUGGGACCGGCCUGCCCUUGUAUAAGUGUGCGGCGCACAUUGAACACUGCUCUGUCUACGUGUCUAUCGCUGGCGACAACACAGAUUAUCUGGUAGUCCGUGACUGUGGGAUAGCUGAGAUAAGCAGGUGCAUCACGAAGGUCGUGGAUAAUCGUGACACCAUCACAUGCUUCCGGUCAUGUGAUCAAGAUGGUUGCAAUGGUUACCCGAUACAGGAGAUGCAAUCUCACAAUCGGCCAAAAUUCGGAAACCGGAGUUUAGACCUGUCAUAAUUACAUUUGACAUUAUCAAAGCCAGGGCAUACCAUAUAUAAAAAAACGCGCAAAUAAACCCGUUGCAUAAAUCUUUGUUUCGUGAUUCGUAAUAAUAAUUUUAAUGCUUAGUCCUACAUUGGUUUGUUAGUCAUACCUUAUUAGGCACAUCAGGUAAUACCUUAUUAGGCACAAGACGUAAUACCUU